AUGAGCGUAUCUAUCUUUAAAUUUAAAAUGUUAAAAAGGAAAUAUUUCUCCUCUCUAUUCUUUGAUAAAGUUCAGUACACUUUUGAUCUCUCUCUUGUCUUUUCUCUUUCGUUUCUUCUUUCUUUUCCCUACUUGAUUUCUCACUUGUCGUUUAUCUUUUUUCUAUUGUCUCUUCUCUUUUUCUUUCCUCUCUCUUUUCCCUACUUCACCUCUCUCUUGGUUUUAUUUCUUUUAUUGUUCUUUUUUCUUUCUUUUUUCUUUGCUCUCUCUUCUCCCGAGUUGACUUCUCUCAUCUUUUACUCUCUCUUUUAUUGUUCAUUCGCUUUUUUUUCUUUGCCCUCUUUUUUUUUACCACAUUUGGCCUUCUCUCUUUCUUUUUUGUUUCUUCUCUUUCUUUUUUGUUUCUUCUCUUUCUUUUUUGUUUCUUCUCUUUCUUUUUUGUUUCUUCUCUUUCUUUUUUGUUUCUUCUCUUUCUUUUUUGUUUCUUCUCUCUCUUUUUUGUUUCUUCUCUCUCUUUUUUGUUUCUUCUCUUUUUCUUUCAUUUCUCUUCUCCCUACUUCACCUUUCUCUUUCCCUUCUCUUUCUUUUUCUUUCCUCUCCCUUCUCUCUACUUCACCUCUCACUUGCUUUAUUCUUUCUUUUAUUGUUCAUUCCCUUUUCUUUUUUCUUUGCUUUCUCUUUCACCAUUUGACCUUUUCUCUCGUCUUUUACUCUCUCUUUUAUUGUUCCUUCUCUUUCUUUUUUCUUUGUUCUCUAUUUCCUCCACUUGACCUCUGUCUUUUUCUCACUUUCACAUUUAUUUCUUGUUUCAUAACUCCUACUUUUGAAUUUUGA